AUGUUACCUUCCUUCAUCUCCAAUCUCUUGGGGGUUGCCCAGAUCCCCCUCCUGAAUCAACAGCAUCAAUCUGGUUAUGGGGAGACCAUAACACGUGGGCGGCACGACUGGCUCCAGGUAGUGUCCAAAGAAGAGCUGACAGCCGAGCCUUUGAAGUUUAACAAAGAUGGAACAUUCCAUAUCUCCAUUUUUGGUGACCUACACUUUGGGGAAAAUGCAUGGGAUCAAUGGGGCCCUCAGCAGGAUAUACACUCUGUCAAGGUCAUCCAAAAGGUCCUCGACUCGGACCGACCGGACCUGGUCAUCCUGAAUGGGGAUCUCAUCACUGGGGACAAUGCAUUCUUUGAGAACGCAACGGCAUAUGUCGACCAGAUCGUCGGCCCAAUGGUGGACCGUCGCCUUCGCUGGGCAUCGACAUACGGGAACCAUGACCACCAGUACAACCUGUCCGGGAGCGCCAUCUUGGCGCACGAGCGUCGCUACCCAGGCUCGCUGACGACGAGCAUGGUCUCCGACCCCGAGGCCGGCACCAGCAACUACUACCUGCCGGUCUACGGCGCAGACUGCAGGCCGCCUCGCAGGGGCGGCGAAAACCACUGCAGGCCGGAGAUGAUUCUUUGGUUCUUUGACAGCCGCGGCGGGUGGCGGUACCAGGAAAAGGACGAGCAAGGCGGCCUGGUCGGGCUGGAGAACUGGGUGCACGAAAGCGCCGUCGAGUGGUUCCGCGCCACUGAAAACCACCUCAGGGCCCGGUUCGGCGGCAAAGCGAUACCGAGCCUCGUCUUCACGCACAUCCCCAUCUACGCCGCCCACGCGCUGCAGACGGAGCGGGGGAGGCAAUCGGUCGACCCGCGUCUCCAGCCGGGCAUCAACGACGACUACCCUGUCUCGCCGCAGGCUCAGGGGUGGUGCCCGGACGGCCGGGACAACGCGGGCUGCGCUUACGGCGGCCAGGACGUCCCGUUCAUGCGGGCGGUGGUGGAGACGCCGGGGGUGGUGGCCAUGUUCUUUGGGCACGACCACGGCGACACGUGGUGUCACAGGUGGGACCGCCUGGUGCCGGGCAUGACGGUCGAGGGCAACGGGGUCGAUCUCUGUUUCGGGCAGCAUUCAGGAUACGGGGGUUAUGGCAACUGGAUCCGGGGUGCGCGGCAGGUGUUCGUGACCGAGGAGAUGCUGCGGCGGAGAGAGGUCGAGACGUGGAUCAGGCUGGAGACGGGCCACGUUGUCGGUUCCGUUGUGCUCAACGCCACCUACGGGGAGGAUGUGUAUCCAGUCACGCCUAACGAUAUGACGUAUUGCCCGACUUGUGAGUAUGACACGGGCGGUGAAGCAAACGUCAUCGAGGUAUGCGUGGCGGUGCAGAAGAUGUUGAGCAGAUACGGAGCGCCGGAGAACGUGAUCAAUCCGUCGUUUGGCACGACCGAGACGUGCGCUGGUUGCAUUUUCAACAGCAGCUGUCCCACAUACGACGUCGGACAGGGCUUGGAAUUUGCAUCUCUGAGGAGGCCGAUGCCGGGGCUGUCGGCACGCGUCACCGCGAUAGACACGGAUCACGCCAAUGGCAACAGCCACAUGGCCACAGCGAGCGUCCGCGCCGCAGAUCCAGGCGAGAGGUGCCAUCUCGAGGUGACGGGCCCGGCUGCGUUCAAAGGCUACUUUGGCAACCCUGAAGCAACCAAGACGGCCUUUACCGGCAACGGCUGGUUCCGCACCGGCGACCUGGCAUACCUCGACGAGGCCGGCAACCUGCACCUCAAGGGGCGCACCAAGGAGCUCAUCAACAUCAACGGCGUCAAAUACCUGCCCCACGAGCUGGAUUCUGCCCUGGAUCAGGCCGAGAUCCCCGGCGCGACUCCAGCCCACUUCUGCUGCUUCAGCACCCGAGAUCCCGGCAUGGACACAGAGGCCGUCGUGGUGCUCUACCAACCUUGCAACCACCCCGACUUUGUCGACGACGAGGGCGCGGCCCUGUUCGACACGCAAAAGCGCAUCGGAGAAGUGAUUGCGCUGCGCACGCGCUCGCGGCCGCGCGUGGUCGGGCUCGAUGCAGGGCUGAUGCAAAAGUCGACGCUGGCCAAGCUGUUGCGGGCCAAGCUGCAGGCCGCAUUUGAGCGCGGCGAAUUUGCGGUGCAGCGGAGCAGGCACGAAGCGGCGGUGCGGCGGCACCGGCUCAGAAUGUGUGGGGAGCCGGCCGACGACCGCGAGGAGGCGCUUCUGGAGCUGAUACGCGAGCAGCUGGAACUGCGGCCCGAGGACGACUUUGCCGUCAACGACUCAAUCCUCUCGCUGGGCCUCGCCGCCCGCAUCCAGACCCUGGCCGCCAAGGCCGACAAGAAAGGCAGUAGCACCAGCAGCUACGACCCGGUGGUGGUGUUGCAGCCGCGCGGGUCCAAGCCGCCGCUGUGGAUGGUGCACCCUGGCGUGGGCGAGGUGCUGGUGUUUGUGGCUCUCGCCCGACACCUGACGGACCGGCCGCUGUACGCGUUCCGGGCGCGCGGCUUCGAGCCCGGCGAAAACCCCUUUGGUAGCCUGGAGGAGCUGGUGCGGGUGUACCACGACGCGGUCAAGGCGCGGCAGCCGCGCGGGCCCUACGCGAUAGCCGGGUACUCGUUCGGCGGCAUGGCGGCAUUCGAGGUGGCCAAGGUGCUCGAGGCGGGCGGUGACGAGGUCCGCGUGUGUGCGCCCUUCAACUUGCCGCCACACAUCAAAUGGCGCAUGCGGGAGCUGGUUUGGGACGAGUGUGUGAUGCACCUGUUUUACUUUGUCGAACUCAUAUCCGAAGAAGGCAUCUACGCCCACAAGGAGGCCAUUUGCCAGCGGGCGUAUUCCGACCACCCCGACGGAAAGCUCGAGGCCAUCCGCUACAUUAAACCGCACUGCGACCAAACGAGGUGGAAGGAUUUGGGGCUGAGCGAAAAGGACUACCUGCACUGGGUUAAUAUCGCGUCCAGCAUGCAGGCCUUGGCCGUCGAUUAUGAGCCGUCGGGCAGCGUGCAGAAUAUAGACUUGUUUGUGGCAGAUCCACUCAACCAUGUCGCCAAAAUCAGGGGGGAUUGGAUCAACGAGAGGUUGUCGGCGCGGAAAGACUUCGUGAAGGGGGGCGACGUGAGGUUUCACAACGUGAACGGUGCGCACUACACCAUGUUGAACCCAAGGGUUGUCAAUGUUUCGUCGUUUGCCGACAAGCUGAGGAGAGUUUUGGCGGAAAGAGGAAUGUGA